AUGUGGUGGCCGCACCUCGGGGAAGCCAACGCCCUGGAACUGGAAAAGCACGCCGCCACUUCUUUCAGCAUUCUUUCCCUGGUUCCCUGGUCAGCAUUGUCGGCAUAUUUCUUCCUUUCUUUCCGAAACGAUGCCUGGUGGCCGGAGAAAGAUACCCCUCGAUGCGGGUCACCGACGGCCGACGGGAUAGAUGGCUUACGGUGGUCGCUUCGGGAAGUUCACCAAGACGGUAAACAAAUAUCGAACGCUUCUUGUGUUACUCCUUCGGAGAGGAUUUUUUCCCCCAGACGAAAAAACUAUCAGCAGAAAAAGCUUCAUUUUCCCCUAGGGACACCGGAUUUACACAGACGGGCGAUCUUUUUCUCGAUCGGAAUGCCGUCGGCAGCUUCUGAAUCACCUGCCCGGCUACUCAUCAAAGAGCAGACACAGUUCCCUAGAAGGUGUGGGUUUUCGGCGGUGCCCUUAGGGAAUGACGAGCCCUCAAGAGACGAGAAGUUCCACCGGGUCGAGAUCGUCGCACCGCCACAACAAACCGUCCAGUCCAGUGAAUAUGUGCUCAACACCACCGACGACAGCGAGGCGACACUCCCACCCCCGCUAGCUGACCUUUUCCUAGAGGAAGGACUCAACCUACCGGAGCUGAUCAACGAUAACGUCGAGGAAACCGAAGAGCUACCGGAGACGACCGACAAGUCCGCGAAGGAGCAACAGACGAACCUCGACGAGGAAGAAGAAUCCGAGGUCAAACGGAUCGAGAGGGAGCUCGAAUCGUCGGCUGAUGAACUGUGCCAAGGUGCCGCUGCCAACGUCGGUGCUGUUGUUUCGAUACUAACCAGCGAUCCGACGACGACGACGACCGGUGCAAGUAGCAAAUUAAACGACUCGGCUUGCGGCAGCUGCUGCUCGUCAUCCUCCUCGUCCUCCUCCUGCGGCAGUUCCAAGAACCGUUCCUCCAGCCGCUCGACCAGCGCCUCCGAGGGAGACGAAGCGGGGGAAAACGUUCCACCAUCCGAUGAUCUAGAGGAACUGCUGUGCGAUAUGAUGAUCCAAACUUCCUCAUCCCACUUUCAGCAUCCGCGUCAGCCGAUGCAAAACUAUGGCCACGGUAUGCACCAUGGGUCGCUGCGGCAGACCGGCUACCAUCACCUGAACCAUCACCAUCAUCAUCAG